AUGCCCCGGAAUAAGCAAUCUGCCCAAGAUGUUAAGCCUCUCACUCCUGACACAUACACGACCCCUAUACCCGAAAUAUUUCAACAAGUCCAGGCAUCGACUGCCAAUCACAAUAAAAACUGUGUAGCUCUUGCCAAAUUGUUUAGCGGAUGUGCUGGGAUCUACGAGGAGGUUCAAUCACGAGGAGGAGGAAUCCGUUUGACUGGAGAAAAGGCCUUUCAACUUAUGUUCGCGAGGAUGGUCAACAGCGUCCUGCCUAUCAAGAAGGGCGUUUCCAACGCAGACAGAGUGAUUAGAUUUAUUGGGUCGUUUGUCAAAUAUAUUACCGACAAAGCCGCCCAACAGAAGGCCAAGGAAAACGAAGAGAACCCAGCUGAUAGCGACGAAGAGGAUGACGAUACCCCAGCCUCGCGUUUCGUCACUUAUCUGUUGAAAUACGUGCUUCAAGGUUUCGUAGCUAAAGACAAAAAUAUCAGAUACCGCUGUGUUCAUAUCACCGCCGAGAUGAUUUCCGGGUUAGGGGAAAUUGAUGAGGACAUUUAUGAGAGUUUAAGAAGUUCUUUGCUAGAUAGAGCGCAGGACAAAGAGACGUUCGUUCGUUUGCAAGCAGCUAUCGCACUGGCGAAGCUGGCUCGGGGCGAAGAUAUGCAAAGGGAGCAGCGAGAGGUGUAUUUGUCUGACGUUCUGAUUGACAUGAUACAAUAUGAUUCUGCUCCUGAAGUUCGCCGAGCGGCACUCCUAAAUUUUGCUCCUACUCAAAGGACACUAAAAACCAUACUCGCCCGAACACGAGACGUAGAUACCACUUUGAGGAAGCUUGUGUAUCAUCAUGUCUUAUCAAGCUUAAAACCCGAGGUCUUAUCAGUAGCACAGCGAGAAGAGGUAGUGAGCAACGGGCUUGGUGACCGUGAAGAAAGUGUGCGCGGUGCAGCUGCUCGAAUGAUUGGUACUUGGGUGGAUGCCAAGAAUGGAGAUCUGCUCGAGUUCCUAAAAUAUUUUGACCUACUGAAAAGUAAAGUCGCCGAAGAUGCAUUACUCUCGGUUUUCCUUGCCCGUCCUGAAAUUCAUGACUCUGUCCAGUUUGGAGAUGACUAUUGGAGCAAUUUGACACCUGAAAAAGCAUUCCUUGCACGAGUGUUUAUUGACCGUUGCGUUGCCGAAAAGGACAACGAAAGGUUGGAUAGGUCGCUCCCCGUGGUAACCAUGUUUGCGUUCCGUAUACAACAAGAGUACAACAAACUUUUGGAAGUGUUACGCCAGCUCGAGGUUCGCAAUAACAAAGACUCCGAGUCAAGUGAUGAAGAGGACGAAAAAAAGGAUGUACAAUUGGAGGAGCAGGCUAUCGACGGAGAGCUAAUACUUGGAGAACUUCUCGGUUUUGCUGUCAAUUUGGACUAUGGAGAUGAAACUGGAAGGAGAAGAAUGUUCCAGCUUAUAAGGGAUAUGUUGUCACAAGAGGCUUUGCCAGUCGGUUUAUUAAACCGGGGCCUGGAUGUCUUACUUAAGCUCUCUGAGAAUGAGCGUGAUAUGAUUCGGGUGGUCGUGGAGAUUGUUACUGAGCUACGGGACGUGCUGAUUAAGGAUGGUGAUGCUCAACUCGAGGGCGUACAAGCCGCCGACGAUCGCACAACCCAGUGGGGUGACGAAGAGCGGACCCAGUUGGGUACAAGGCCAACAGAGCCUGAACUCAGUGAAGAGGACCUCAUGCACAAACUUGCUAUUGAUUUGCGUUGUGUUACGCUAUGUGUUGGGAUGUUGGAGCGAGUGAAUUCGACCCUUCAAGAAAAUUCGGCGCUGCACGGAUUAGUGCCCGAAUUGAUUAUUCCUAGCAUCCAAAGCAAACACCCUCAAUUACGGGAGAAAGGACUCGUGUGUCUGGGCCUGUGUUGCUUGAUUGACAAGCGCAUGACUGCUGGUUCUUAUCAGCUUUUUGUCAACCAAGUUCAAACUGCAUCCACUGAGGUGAAGAAGAAGGUUCUGCCAAUCUUAUACGACUUGAUUAUGGUCCAUCAUGACGCCGAGUAUUUACGGGAGCCCCGAAUGAUUAACUUUUUAAUGCACCAGCUGGAAGACGAGGAGGAGGAAAUUCAAGCGAUUACUUGCGUCGGGUUUGCCAAACUGCUGUUGGCUGGAAUCGUAACGGAUGAUAAGGUACUACGCAGUUUGGUUGCAUCCUACUUGCAACCAGACACCGUGGACAAUCAGCCCCUUCGACAAUGCCUUAGCUACUUUCUGCCGGUUUAUUGCUACUCUUCAUCUAACAACCAGCGCACCAUGCAAAGAGUGUUUAUGGUCCUCUUCAAACUUCUCUGUGAAGUAUAUCAUGACAAGGACGAUUCUCAAGAGAUGAUUACUCCUGCCCAGCUAGGAGCACUCUUUUUGGAUUGGAUGGAUCCGUUGAAAGUUGUAGAAGUCUUGGGACAGAAGCAUGAUGACUCCGUACACGUAGAUGUAGGCUGCGACAUAAUCAGGGAGCUAUUUGAGAAGAACAUGGAAAAGGAAGUACGCAAAGUGCUGGUUCAGUUACUCGGGAAGCUAUAUCUUCCAGACCAGCUCAGCGAUGCCAAGGUCCUUAGUCUUCACUUGUUGAUUAUGAAUCUCAAGCUCCGCCGACCAUUGAGAGAUGCACCCAAUCGUAAUGCAUUUACCAAAUUUGAAGCAUCUUUCAGGAAAAAAUACAGUGCUCAACUUACAGGCAUGAGCGAAGCGGACCACGCUGCGUUCCAAGAGUCGCAUAUCCAGGAGCUCCAAAGUUGGAUCGAUGAAAUCGAGGCCGACAGUGAUGCUGAAGAGUACGCGCACCCUGAUGCGACGCAGGAAGGAAAAAGAACCAGUCGGGCCAGGAGGGUCAAGUCCGAAGCAGCUUCCAGAGCCGAGUCUGUGCAUCAGGAAGAGGCAGCGGAGGGAUCUGCGGCCGACGAAGAAAAGCCCGAGGUUACAGCAGAAGAGCCGUAUGAUGGCGAGGAAGAGGAAGAGGAAGAAGGCGAAGAGGAAGAAGAAGAGGAUUGA